AUGGCGCGAUUGAACGAUUUGCCGGGUCCGACGGAAUCCAUAGAGGCUCUCAAGAGACGUUUCGUGCGCCAGAACCGGGAAAUUGCUAGGGUGAACUCGCUCCAAUCGCUGCGAAUCCAGGGUCUUGAAUCAGACAUAACCCAGCUAUUAAAAGAAAACGCCGCUUUGAAAGAACAGGUUAUCUCGUUAAGUCACGAUGCCCAAAAAUACGAGGCCGGCCGAUUUUUAUGCAAGGACAUCCACCAAUACAAAGAAAAACUGGCUUCGAGGUUGUCGGAGCUGAACUCUCUUGUCAGCGAAUUCGGAAAACUGCCGGAAAAGUUUUUGAACUCUGUCGAUGCCGCAAACAAUGCUAGCUCCAUGGAUGGCCACUCGGCAGCUAGCAUUGGUCCGCGAUCAAUAACACGUCCAGACGACGACAGUCGAUUGCCGACGAUUGUGGAGGAUAAAUAUUUCCCAAGACGGACUCUUCACAUUGAAGAUAUGGAAAAUAUAACGGAAGACAUGCAUGACCCAGACUCGCCCAACAUAGGACCCCCUCCAGUGGCUCAUUUCGACAUAGAUGAAAGCCCGCUUUCGGAUCCAAGGUCAAGCGAUCCAGAAAUCACAAAGUACACACGUACCGAAAAUCUAGGACGGCCGAGAAAUCGGUCUUUGGAAGCAUUUGACGAUCACGAAGAGCGAACAAUCAAGCCAGCUCCACCGUUCGAGAUAUCCAUGCCCCCAGUCAUAUCCGGGUCGAAGAGGAAGUUCAGCGCGACUGAUGAAGAAGAGAACUUCUUAUCGGAGAAUAUCACAGUUGACGACGAUUUUGAAUUUUCGCGAUCAGUGCCAGGUCCACAAAAGCCAAAAUCAAGUACAGCAAAUGAUGUCUCGAAUAGUUCGCAUGGUGCAGCAGGAACGGGCAAAGCGCCAAAAAAGAAGCCGAAUUUUCCCAAGCGAAAAGUCUUGGAACCGAAGAGUACGAAUAUGAUCGCAUCCUCACCGAGAAGACAACAAGGCGGAGAAAUCACCAAGCAAAAGGCAAAUUACAAGGAAUUGUCUCCAAUUAAACAUCAAAAUGAAACAGUGAUCGUCAACCGUGUUGAACUACCCGAUGACGCAUGGCAAAUCCAAUCUGCUCAGCCGAAAAGAGGGAGGCAACCGAAGGACCGGGAGGAAAACGCCGCUACGCCAGUAUUCGACGAGUUGGAGCCUCUGGAAUCAUACGAUGAGGCAACGAAAUCGUCUGACCCUGGAACGAUGCACGAGCGAGCUGCAACAGAUGCAGGGCAUCCAGCGCGACAAUCGAGACGACAACGGGGGGCAGUAAGUUAUGCAGAGCCAAAUCUGCGACACAAGAUGCGAAGAUCGACAAAUGAACUCACCGACGCCGUGGUGGCCGGUCAAAGGCGUGCAUCCAGUGCGCAAAGCGACAAAUUCAGCCAAGAGGAUGUUGAUCUACUGGACCCUACGAAAGCCAAAAGGAAAUCCGCCCCGCUGAAUAACGAAGAUUCUGUAGCUUCGUCAACCUACGAUGGAAUAGCUACUGCAAUUGCAGGAUCAGAGAACGAGCAGAAGCUAGCUGAUAUUCCUAGAAAUAUGAUAACGGAGAGAAAGCGGAGAACCCUGUCGGCGAACCCGGGUGAAAUCACACGUUCACAAGAGCACGACCACAAGCCUGGACUGAGACAUAAACGCAGAAGUGAUCAGGCAACGUCCACCCGCUCCGAUCGCAGUUCCGAAAACGAUACAUCGGCGUAUCCGCAGAGGCGGACAACACACCGGCAUUCGUCAAUUGCAGAGGCCUAUGGCCAUGCCAACCUUUCACGAGAUGAUUCCCUAGGGGACGAUGAGACGAAUGAGAACUCCGACUCCAAGACGAGUUUAGAAAGUCCUGAUUCCGGCGAGGACAAACAAGCAACAGGGAAAUCAGCAACUAGAACUACGCAAGCCAAACGGGGUCAGCGCGCGGGAGCGCGAAGGAGAAGUAUGUUGCUGUAG